AAGGAUUUCAGCGGAAAAGUAGUGUUGAUUACGGGCUCUAACUCAGGCCUCGGAGCCGAGAUCGCUCGUCUAUUUGCAUACUUAGGCGCACAGGUAGUUAUCACCGGCCGGGAUGUCAACCGAGUGAAUAUUGUGGCGCAAGAAGUGUAUAAAUUAUCACCAAAAGGAUUAAAGCCUUUGCAAGUGGUGGCGGAUGUGACCAAAAGCGAUGAUCUCAAGAGAUUAGUGAAUGAAUCGAUCGCCGCAUUUAAGAAGAUUGAUAUCCUGGUGAACAACUCGGGCGGAAAUGUCUUCCAUACCAUCAAAGAUAAGGAUUUUAUGCAGACUUUUGAUUUCAUAAUUCAACUCAAUUUGAGAGCAUUGGUUGAGAUGACACACCUGACUGUCCCCUAUUUGGAGAAAACUAAAGGCGUUAUCAUCAAUAUAUCGGGAAUCGGAGCCCUAUCGCCGCACACCCGAAUGCUUGGCUACAGUGCCUCCCGAGUGGCUGUCGACAUGACCACCAAAAUACUGGCCCUAGAAUUGGGGGCCUCAGGCAUACGGGUGAACGGCAUUAAUGUCGGUGUUUGUGAGACGCCUGCAGUGGACGGCACUAAAGACAAUAUGGAUCCCAAUAGACUGCGUGCGGAGGUGUCCGCCAAAACACCGUUGGGACGAAUGGGUGUUCCCAUAGAUGUGGCCAAAAGUGUGGUAUUCUUGGCCUCAAGUGAUGCCGAAUUCAUUACCGGCGCUAAUCUACUACUUGACGGCGGAUAUCAUUACAACUUUGAGGGCAAUUAUUUCGAGAAGAUUUUCAAAUGA